AUACCUGCAUCUAGCAAAUCCAAUCCAGUGUUGAGCUUUCAUGUUCUAUUUUUAAGUUUGAUUUUUUUAAAACGCCUAAUAAGCAUGCCUAUAAAAAGAAAUGAAUUCAGGAUGCAUCAACGAAUUGUACAACAAACUUUGUUGAUGCUAUAUUUUCUUUUGAGUUAUAAUGGAGCGCAAGGAGAUGAAAAGCUAUCCAAAUUAGAGGAGGUAGAGUUAGAAAAACAACUAAAACUUUUGAAUAAGCCAGCGGUCAAAACAGUAAAGACUAAAUAUGGAGAUAUAUAUGAUUGUGUGGAUUUCUACAAACAACGUGCAUUUGAUCACCCGUUAUUGAAGGACCAUAAUUUUUAUCCAAAGAUGAAACCUACUUUAUCUAGGAUAAAGAAAAAUUCAAAUUCCUCAACAGUUAGUAGUUCAUCGACAAUAUGGUCAAAAGAUGGAGGAUGCCCUUUUGGAACAGUUCCUGUUAAGAGAAUUACGAAGGAUAAUCUUAUAAGACAAAGACGUAUGCCACAGCCAGAAGAUGUCACAUUCGACACUCAAUUUGAUGUUAGCAACAACAAUAGUGAGUUAAAAGGAAGAUAUAUUUCUUCACAAGGAUAUAAGAUUGCAAUAGCUCGAACGCCAAAUGAACCAAAUAACAGAUUUGCGGGAGCUGGAAUGGCAACUAGUGUAUACAAUCCUCAUGUUAAAGACGGGCAACAUAGUGGUUCUCGACUAAAAAUUCAAAAAGGGUCAGAUAUUUUACAAGUUGGUUGGAGAGUGGAUCCAACAUUAUAUGGGGAUACUAAAACUAGGCUUUUUAUACACUUUCAGGCCGGUAAAACUCAUUGCUUCAAUACACUAUGUCCUGGCUUUGUACAAGUAGAUAGUGAGUUUCCUCUUGAUAGAUCAUACCAGAAUAUGCUUUCACAGCGUGGAGGGAAAACUUGGGAUGCCACAAUGUACAUUGAUCGGGAUUUAGCCAACGGAAAUUGGUGGCUAUUAAUGACUAGAAGCUUUAACCAAGUUGGUUUCUGGCCGCAAAGGAUCUUCACUGACUUGACAAGUUUUGCUACGAAUGUUGAAUGGGGAGGAGUUGCAUAUAGUCCACCAGGUGUACCUAAACCUCCCAUGGGCUCAAGUUUUUUUCCUAUUAAAAACUCCUCUUAUGAUGGUUAUUGUAGCGAAAUAACAAUUUUAAACGAGAAAGGAAAGACGAUCAAAGUAGAUGAAACAAUCACGCAUACCGACAAUCCCAGUAUGUACCAAGUUUUCGCUGAGCCAAUUUGGCAUAAUUCAGAAUGGAGGUAUUUUGUUCUUUAUGGGGGACCUGGUGAGAGUCCACAUGUUUAGUAUGAAAGACAUUCUUCUAAAUCGCUAAAAGGUAGAAGAAAAUAGUUCCUACUUUUAUGUAUACUUUUGAAUUUCAUGUUGCCUUCCAAACAAAUGCAGAAAAAAAAGCAUUUCCUUUUAUUUUUUAACUAUACUGUAACUUUCGAUGCAAUAUAUUAUCGAAUAACUUUCUUGAA